GGAGCGCGGAGGCGGCUGCUGGCACCGCGCCGCGCACGGGAGCGCGCCCCGCUACUCGGUCCCGGCCCGCAGCUCGCGGGAGCUCCACGGUGCGGUCCGCGAGGUGUGUCACUGUAAGCGGUGGUUCCUCAGCCCCUGCCAGAAAGCAGCAUCCAGCAUCCUGGUGUCUGAGACACGUGUCCCCGGUAAUCAUGAGCAACCCAUUCACACACCUUGCUGAGCCACUGGAUCCUGCACAGCCAGGAAAGAAAUUCUUCAAUUUGAAUAAAUUGGAGGAUUCAAGAUAUGGACGCUUACCAUUUUCGAUCAGAGUUCUCCUGGAGGCAACCGUUCGGAACUGUGAUGAGUUUUUGGUGAAGAAAAAUGAUGUUGAAAAUAUCCUAAAUUGGAAUGUCAUGCAGCAUAAGAACAUAGAAGUGCCAUUCAAGCCUGCCCGCGUCAUCCUACAGGACUUUACGGGUGUGCCAGCUGUGGUGGACUUUGCUGCGAUGCGUGAUGCUGUGAAAAAGUUAGGAGGAGAUCCAGAGAAAAUAAACCCUGUCUGUCCUGCUGAUCUUGUAAUUGAUCAUUCCAUCCAGGUUGAUUUCAGUAGAAGGGCAGACAGUUUACAGAAGAACCAAGACCUGGAAUUUGAAAGAAAUAGAGAAAGAUUUGAAUUUUUAAAGUGGGGUUCCCAGGCUUUUCACAACAUGCGGAUUAUUCCCCCUGGCUCAGGAAUCAUCCACCAGGUGAAUCUGGAAUAUUUAGCAAGAGUGGUAUUUGAUCAGGAUGGAUAUUACUAUCCAGACAGCCUCGUGGGCACGGAUUCGCACACUACCAUGAUUGAUGGUUUGGGCGUUCUUGGUUGGGGUGUGGGUGGUAUCGAAGCAGAAGCUGUCAUGCUGGGUCAGCCAAUCAGCAUGGUGCUUCCCCAGGUGGUUGGCUACAUGCUGAUGGGGAAGCCCCACCCUCUGGUAACGUCCACUGACAUCGUGCUCACCAUAACCAAGCACCUCCGCCAGGUUGGAGUAGUGGGCAAAUUUGUUGAGUUCUUUGGGCCAGGAGUUGCCCAGUUAUCUAUUGCUGACCGAGCUACAAUUGCUAACAUGUGUCCAGAGUACGGAGCAACUGCUGCCUUUUUCCCAGUUGAUGAAGUUAGUAUCAAGUAUCUGGAGCAGACAGGUCGUGAUGAAAAAACAGUAAAGCACAUUAAAAAAUAUCUUCAGGCUGUGGGAAUGUUUCGAGAUUUCAAUGACUCUUCUCAAGACCCAGACUUCGCCCAGACUGUGGAAUUAGAUUUAAAAACAGUUGUGCCUUGCUGCAGUGGACCCAAAAGGCCUCAGGACAAGGUUGCUGUGUCUGACAUGAAAAAGGACUUUGAGAGCUGCCUUGGAGCCAAGCAAGGAUUUAAAGGCUUCCAAGUUGCUCCAGACCACCAUAAUGAUCAUAGGACAUUUAUGUAUGAUAAUAGUGAGUUCACACUUACUCAUGGUUCUGUGGUCAUCGCUGCCAUUACUAGCUGCACAAAUACCAGUAAUCCGUCUGUGAUGCUGGGAGCAGGACUGUUAGCAAAGAAAGCUGUGGAUGCUGGCCUGAAUGUGAAGCCUUAUAUCAAAACUAGCCUGUCUCCUGGGAGCGGUGUGGUCACCUACUACCUGCGAGAAAGUGGAGUCAUGCCUUAUCUGUCUCAACUUGGGUUUGACGUGGUGGGCUACGGCUGCAUGACCUGCAUCGGCAACAGCGGGCCCUUACCUGAACCUGUAGUAGACGCCAUCACGCAGGGAGACCUUGUAGCUGUUGGAGUACUAUCUGGGAACAGGAAUUUUGAAGGUCGAGUCCACCCCAACACCCGGGCCAACUAUUUAGCCUCUCCCCCUUUAGUAAUAGCAUAUGCGAUCGCUGGGACCAUCAAAAUCGACUUUGAGAAAGAGCCAUUGGGAGUAAACGCAAAGGGACAACAGGUGUUUCUGAAAGAUAUCUGGCCAAGUAGAGAGGAGAUCCAGGCGGUGGAGCGUCAGUACGUCAUCCCUGGGAUGUUUAAGGAGGUCUAUCAGAAAAUAGAGACUGUGAAUGAAAGUUGGAAUGCCUUAGCAGUCCCGUCAGAUAAGCUGUAUUUCUGGAAUCCCAAAUCUACAUACAUUAAAUCACCACCAUUCUUCGAAAACCUGACUUUGGAUCUUCAGCCCCCCAAAUCUAUAGUGGAUGCCUACGUGCUGUUAAAUUUGGGAGAUUCAGUGACAACUGACCACAUCUCUCCAGCUGGAAAUAUUGCAAGAAACAGCCCUGCUGCUCGCUACUUAACCAACAGAGGGCUGACUCCACGGGAAUUCAACUCCUACGGCUCCCGCAGAGGUAAUGACGCCAUCAUGGCCCGGGGAACAUUUGCCAACAUUCGCUUGUUAAACAAAUUUUUGAAUAAGCAGGCGCCACAGACUAUACAUCUGCCUUCUGGAGAAAUUCUUGAUGUGUUCGAUGCUGCUGAGCGGUACCAGCAGGAAGGCCUGCCCCUGAUUGUUCUGGCCGGCAAGGAGUACGGCUCGGGCAGCUCCCGAGACUGGGCGGCCAAGGGCCCUUUCCUGCUGGGAAUCAAAGCCGUCCUGGCGGAGAGUUACGAACGCAUUCAUCGCAGUAACCUGGUCGGGAUGGGGGUGAUCCCCCUCGAAUAUCUCCCUGGUGAGACUGCAGACACCCUGGGACUCACGGGUCAAGAACGAUACACUGUCAUCAUUCCAGAAAACCUCAGACCACGGAUCAAAGUCGAGGUCAAGCUGGAUACUGGGAAGUCCUUCCAGGCCGUGAUGAGGCUCGACACCGACGUGGAGCUCACUUAUUUCCACAACGGAGGCAUCCUCAACUACAUGAUCCGCAAGAUGGCCCAGUAGGCCCUCGCUCCUUAGGAGACCUGCACUUGGCGCUGCACGGAGGGAGGAAGCCGAGGCCCCGGCUGCUCCACAGAGGGGCGCUACCGUGCGGACAGAGCGAGUGAACGUGGGGGUUGGGGUGCCAUUCCUGCAGGCACAAAGCCAGGAGUUUCUAUGUUAUUUUUGUUAAUCUUCUUAUCUUUUUCUAGAAUUUGGAAGCUAGAAAUGGUGGAAAUGUCAGUAGUACCAGAAAAAGAUCAAGCUGAUCUUUAAGUUACUGAUCACAGGACAUUGAUUUUUCACUCUUACCUAUUAAUCUUCAUCUGAACAUGAGCAAGUCUCCUCAGAAGGUGUCUUCUGCCCUUUUUAUUGUUCCUCUCUUAUCCUCUGCUCCAUGAAGUCUUUCC